AUGUCCUUCAUUUCGCCUCAUAGCUGUUUGCUUCGAGUGACCAGGUCUUUCCAGUUUACGGCGACCUCUCGUGCGCUCAGCUCCUCAAGCCGAUGGAUGAGUGCCGCAGAUACAAAAUUGCCUGUGGCCGAACCGAGUGAUAAACUGCAGUCCUUACCGCAAUCCCAGCUGCCCGUUGAAUCGCCCGUCAAGGAAUGGGGCGAACGUCUGGCAGAUAUCAACUCCAACACCCGAUUACCAAGAAGUGUCCAAGCCUUGUACUUGCGGCCGCUCCGGAGAAAACCUGAAUACGGUCUUCCAGUGUGCGAUCUUCAAUUACGAUCUUAUAGUGUGCGCAAUCUGGAGUUUUUUGCAGACUUCGCUAUCCGAGCUGCUUAUUACCUGAAGCUCCCCGUUUCCGGGCCGGUUCCCUUACCAAAAAUUACCGAACGGUGGACCUUUAUUCGGUCAAAUUUCGUGCAUAAAAAGAGCAAGGAGAAUUUUGAACGAAUAACCACCCGCCGAUUGAUUCAAAUCAAGGAUGGAAACCCUCAGGCAGUUCAGGCAUGGCUGGCUUUUCUACGAAAGCACGCUUUCUACGGUGUUGGAAUGAAGGCCAAUGUCUGGGAACAUGAAAGCCUAGAUAUCGCGAAGAAUAUGGACCAGGCCCUUCCCGCGAUCGAAAAGAACCUCGAACCUCACCUUUCACGAUUUGGUCGUCAACAAACUGAAACAUCUACUGCGCAAGAGUCAUUAUCUGAAUUCUUGGGAAAUGAGCGCCUAUCGUUGAAGAAGGGACCUUUGGUCCAAGCUCGCAGCGGGUAA